CUCGCCUCUGUCGCUGAUUUAGGAAUGAUGUGUCUGAACUCCUCUGGAGUAAGCUGUACCGAGGACUGAUUUGCUUCCCAGAUAGUGGACUAUUGUUAAAAUGAACUUCUUGAAGCUUUAACAGCAGGAUGUUUUCUGGCUUAUUGGAGUAAAACAGCAACACCUCUGUACUGAAAGGAGACGAAGUGCUUUCUUGAGGUGAAGAUGAAAAGGAUAACGGGAAAGACGAAAGAUGCCACUCUUCUGGAGAUGACCAACAAAGCGGACGCUCAUGUAGAAGACAAUAACGGCAGUCUCCUCUCCACCUCGGACAAAGGGACACAACUGCCAGGCCAUCAGGAGAUCGAUAAGCUGCAGCAGGACAAUGAUUCUGUAUAUUUCAGAGAUGGUCGACGACGCAUUGAUUUUGUCCUGUCCUACACAGACGAUAAAGACGGAGACAAGAAAGCGGAGAGGAGAAGAGAGUUUGAAGCCAACCUUGAGGAGGCAGGUCUGGAGCUGGAGACUGAAGAUAAAUUGGAGUCAGAUGACCAUAAAACAUACUAUCUGAAAAUUCACGCACCAUGGGAAGUCUUGGCCACCUACGCAGAGGUGCUGAAGAUCAAGGUGCCUUUUAAGAAGACCGACAUCCCAAAAGGACGGGAGAUCUCACUGGCUUGGCUCACACAACCCAUCCGCCUUCCCAGGAACAUCAUGAAGCCCGACCCUGAUUACUUCACUGCACCCUUCAACAAGAGCAAAAUCGACUUCUUCCUGAUUGAGGACAGGGCGACCUUCUUCCCACCAUCUACCCGCAACAGGAUCGUCUAUUAUAUUCUUACACGAUGUCCAUACUACAAGAAGAAUCGAGUAGAUGGAGAAAAGACUGGAAUUAAGAGACUCCUGAACAAUGGCACCUACACAUCUGCCUACCCACUCCAUGAUUGCCGCUAUUGGAACAGAGCAAAGGAUCCACAGUGUGAGAGUGAGAGAUUCCACCUGUAUAAGUAUUGGGCUCGCUUUCUUUGCUUCUACAAAGAACAACCUCUUAACCUCAUCAGAAAAUACUAUGGUGAGAAGAUUGGCAUCUACUUCGCUUGGCUGGGCUUCUACACAGAGAUGCUGUUCUUUGCUGCAGUCAUGGGUGUCAUCUGUUUUGUUUAUGGUUUACUCAGCUAUAAUAACAACGUGACAAGUAGAGAGAUCUGUGACGCCAGUAUUGGCGGAAACAUUGUCAUGUGUCCUCUGUGUGAUAAGAAGUGCACCUACUGGAAACUCAGCUCAACUUGUUUUUCAUCAUGGCUAUCCCAUCUAUUCGACAAUGAAGGAACAGUGUUCUUUGCCAUCUUCAUGGGAAUUUGGGUAACUCUCUUUCUGGAAUUAUGGAAGCGGAGGCAGGCAAGGCUGGAGUAUGAGUGGGACUUGGUGGAUUUUGAAGAGGAGCAGCAGCAGCUUCAGAUCAGACCCGAGUUCGAGUUGAAGUGCCCCAAACGCCGUCGCAAUCGUGUCACACAGGAAAUGGAGCCAUAUUUGCCUUUAACCAGCAAAUGUGCUCGCUUCUGCUUCUCUGGAGCUACAGUUCUGUUCUGGACAUUCCUGAUUGUGGCCUGUAUAAUGGGAGUGAUUGCAUACAGAUUAGCAGUUUAUGCUGCUUUCGCUAGCUUCAUGAAAGAUAGCACAACCAGCAAGAUCCAGCUUGUGGGGCCUCUGAUUACUCCACAGCUGGCCACCUCAGUUACAGCAUCUUGCAUCAAUUUUGUUAUCAUCCUCUUCCUCAACUUGCUCUAUGAGCAUGUGGCUCAAUGGAUUACUGAUAUGGAGAUCCCCAAGACCCAUUUGGAAUAUGAGAACAAGCUGACCAUGAAGAUGUUCAUGUUCCAGUUUGUCAACUACUACUCCUCCUGCUUCUAUGUUGCCUUCUUUAAAGGCAAGUUUGUGGGUCACCCAGGCAACUACACCUACAUGUUUGGGAAGUGGAGUAAACUGAGAAAUGAGGAGUGUGCUCCAGGGGGCUGUCUGAUAGAGCUCACCACUCAGCUAGUGAUUGUCAUGACAGGGAAACAGCUGGUUGGAAAUAUCCAGGAGGCCUUGGUACCGUUACUAAAGAACUGGUGGAUCAGCAGAAAAGGUUGGAACCAUCGAGAGAGCCGGUACAGCCGAUGGGAGCAGGACCAUGACUUACAAAGCUUAGGCCAGUUUGGUCUCUUCUACGAGUACCUAGAGAUGGUGAUCCAGUUUGGUUUCAUCACAUUAUUUGUGGCUUCAUUUCCACUUGCUCCACUUCUCGCGCUCUUUAACAACAUUCUGGAGGUGCGGGUGGAUGCAUGGAAGUUCACGACACAGUUCCGUAGGCCUGUGGCAGCCAAGGCACGCAACAUUGGGGCCUGGCAGGAGAUCCUAAAUGUGGUGGCUAUUUUAUCUGUUGUUACAAAUGCCUUCAUCAUGGCAUUUACCUCUGAUAUGAUCCCUCGUCUAGUCUAUCUGUAUGCCUACCACCAUAGUGAUGAGGCCACUAUGAAAGGCUACAUUAACAAUAGCCUUUCAGUGUAUGAAAUCUCCAAGCUCAAUAAAAAAAACCUAUCAGAUCAUGAGGAAAACCCCUCCUGGCUCAAUGAGUCCAUCACAACUUGCAGAUAUCGAGACUACCGCUAUCCACCAGGCCACCCGAGUGAAUACUCACAAACCAUGCAGUUCUGGCAUAUUCUUGCAGCCAAGAUGGCCUUUAUCAUCAUCAUGGAGCACGUGGUGUUUGUGGUGAAGUUCUUUGUGGCAUGGCUGAUCCCUGAUGUGCCGUCAGAAGUUAAGGACCGCAUAAAGCACGAGCGCUACCUGGUGCAAGAAUACCUGCAUGACUAUGAUGUGAAGAAGAUUGCAAUGGAGCUCAGCCAGAGUCAGACCACAGAUUUCAGUCACACGACAGAAUGCAGCUCACUGCUCCCUCUGGACAAGAUUGAAGUCUUGUCUGAAUGCAUCUAAGGAGCUCCUGAACCUACAGGAGCCUGAAGGGGUGCCAGCCAGUCAUGAGUAUCUACCAGUAGAGGACGAUCAGCACCAGACCAUGCUGUCCUGCAUG